AAAUCACUACUGUCAAAGUAUAAUACAGUAUAAAUGUAACCGACAAAUUCAAAAAUUGAAAUGUAUAUCAGUGUUAAUUGGAAGCUCUUUUACAUUGAAUAAUUUUAUAUAAACCAUUUUAGUGAAAUUUGUGAUCAGCAGGACUAUUAAAAAUGCCCCCUUUUAAAAGUGGUUUCGUCAAAGACGUUGUAACGCCUGGAACUGUGAAACAAACAAAAAAACGAAAAAAGGAUUCAUUCGGUUUUGAAAUUGAGGAACAUCCCACUGAAAACAUAAAACGUAAACUGAAGAGAAAAAUUCGUGCAACUGAAGAACUUUAUAAUACACCCAUUACACCAGGUGAGGCAAGUGAAUUUGAACACAGAUUGACUCGCAGCCACAAAAAAACUAAAUGGUCAUUCCUUCCUAAAAUUAAUGACAUUACACCUGAUCAAAAAAACUUUAAUAAAAGUGUAGAACAGUUAAGAGGUAAAGCAACCAAUGAACGUAAAAAGGAAAGAGUAAACCAUACAGAAAAAGACCAAAUUCCAAUAAGGCAAACACGUCGUAGUACUAGAGAAAGUAUCAAAAUGUCUAAUCAAAGUAAGAGCACUGAUGAUGAUAAAAAAAUAUCACCUAAACACAAUCAAAAAGAGUUAGAACAAGAAUUGGUGCAAAACGAACUAAAAAAUCAAAGAGUUACUCGCACCAGUUACAGAAAAUCUUUAAUAAAAGUCUCUCAAAAUGUUAUUAAAAACGUCAAAGAAUCUGCAAAAACAGAAACUGAAGAUAAUGAUAAUUUCAUUUCUCAAGAAUCAGUCCAAGAAAUCCUGAAUUGUAGAAGCCCUACAAGUUUAAAGAAAUUACACGACUCUCGCCUCACUUACGAUCUUCCAGCUAUUAUUAAAACUCGAAGAGAAACCUACGACGUAGAUAAUGCUGCAUCAGUUGCAAAUUUUGCCAAAAUUGAAACAGAAUUAAAGUUAAAAAAAGAAGAGAAAACUUUAGUUAAUGAUGAGGCUGUUUUGGAAACUACAUUUAAGGCUAAAAGUACAAAAGUUAUUAAAACAGGUACUCAAGAAAUUACUUUAAAGGAAGAUAGUAAUGAUGUAAAGGAUAAUCAAAGUUUAAAGAGUAAAGACACCGACGAAAGUCGAGAAGUAAAUACAGAUAUUUCACAAGAAAUUGAAUAUACAUCAGAAAAAAAAAUUGUAUCAACAGAAACUGAAAAUGAUAAUCUAUAUGAAGAGCCAAAAAAUGGAACUAAUUCUUCAUUUACAAAAGUGAAAAAUUCUGAAGUUUCUAAUAAUGACUUAAUAGAUGAAAAUAGAGAGUACAAUGAAGAUGAAGUACCAAAAAAGGUUGAAGUUGAAAAAAAACUAAAUGAUACGUAUUGUAAGAAUUUUAACAAUUCCUUAAAUGAAUCUUCAGAUACUGGGAAUAAUACCUAUACAAAAUCAACGGAUUCUGAACACAACAUGAACGAAGGAAAUGAUAAUGUGGAGAUAGAAAUAAGAAAAGAAAACAACAAAAAAAUAGAAAAUAAUCGGUGUGAAGACAUUAACAAUUCCUUAAAUGAAUUUUUACCUAGUGGGAAAAAUACCAUUAUAGAGACGAUGGAUAUUCAAAAUAAUGUAACUUUAAAAGAAAUUAAUGAAAAAAAUAAAAGUUUACAGUCGGAAAUGAAAUAUAAAGAAACCGAAGACAUCCUUACAACCGAGUUAAAAGAAUUGGAAAAAAAUACAUCAUCAAAGGAUAAAGAAAACAUAGCCGAAUGCAAAAACAACGACGGUAACUUUAUGAAGACAGCAAAUAUUGGUUUGUCUAAGAAUAAUAACAUACAUAAUGAUAUAAAUGAAACCCAAAACUUAACAUAUGAAAAAUACGAAGAAACUAAAAACAUUGAAAUAAACGCAACAGUAAUAGCAUCUGAUGAAAAUAAACUAAUAGAAAUUCAGAAAGAAUGCAAUUCUUCUUCAAUUGAUGAAACAGCAUUAAAUAAUAAUGAGAGUAACAAUACGUUUGCAACAGCUUCAGAUUUCGACAGUUUUAAAAAUGAUUCCGAUGAUAACGUUACUCUGACGUACGAAACAAAAAGCAUCAAAAUUGUUGAUGAAUCAAUUGAAAUAUCGCAAGAAAAUGAGAGCCAUUCAAUCAAAGAAUUUCUUACAAAUGGACAAGAUAAUAGGGACAACCUUCAAAGUACAAUUACAUCAACACCGUCACUUUUGACAUCAGCAGAAAUAAAGAAUAAUCCAAAAAUCCCAUCAGGUAAAAUAACAAACAGGAGAAGUACUUUUGAAAUUGGUGAAAGUAUUAACCAUGUAACUCUGCUCAAAACCGUUUGUGAUGAGUUUGGUACUCCAAAGGAAACUAAUAACAUAAAAAAGAGAAAAUAUGGGGAAAGCACCCCUCAUCCCAAAAAAAUAGAAACAAUUUCUAUGUUAGAAGAUGAGACUUCAAUCAAUUUAAUUGACUCCCCAGAAUAUAUUUCGAAUCACGAAAAAGGGGAUUGCAGAAAAAUAUCCACAAAUGAUUCGGAUGAAGACGUUAGCGAUAGUGUAUUUGAACAAAAAAGGAUUUCAUCUAUAAAUAGGUUAAGAAAAAAAAGAUCAAAAAGUUUACCCAUAAAAGAUGAAAGUUUGGCAGAGUUUUUAUUUAAUGAGAAAAUGGCCGAUGAUAAUUAUGAUAGAAAUAUUACAAAAAGAAAAAAAGUUACUUUUAAACAAAUAAUUAAUGAAUCUGUAGCAACAUCACCUCUCAAUAAUUCCAACUGUCACAGAACUAUUAAGAGUCCAGUUAAAGUUAGUAAAAUACCAAAAAAAUUAUCGACUUCGCUUCCAUCUUUAGUACAGAAAUAUUCGCACCCAACCACUAUGAGCACACCAAAAUCAAACGCUGUAUCUGGUUUAAAUAAAAAUAAAGAACCAAUUACAAAAAUAACCAGAACUAAACUACCGAAUUUUGCUGAAAUUCACAAGAAACUGUUUAAUAAAAUGGAAGAUAUAAAAGAACACAGCCAAAGAAAAGCAGAAAGAACCAAAUUGCUUUUAUCUGGACACAAACCAGUUAAUAAUAAGGAAAAUGGAUAUUCUUCUCAAAAAAAAGAAAAUGAAAAUUCUUCUCAAGUCAAAGAAAAUGCAAAGUCGAGAAAGCACCUGAAUUUCUAUCAGAACUCUAAACCAACUAACGACAAUGGGAAUAGAAAAUUUGAACAAAUACAAAACAAGUCAAUUGGAAAUCGAAGUACCAAUUCAAUAAUAAAUGUCAAAAAUCAGAUAAAAAUACAAGAAAAUAAACAAAAAACUAAGUUUGGGUUCAAAAUUAUAGACGGUUCAAAACAACCAACAAAAGAAGAACAGAAGAAAGCUGUUGUUGGCAAAACUAAAAUUACUAAAAAUAAUCGAGAUGAAAGGAGGAAUCAUAUACAAGGCGUUAGAAGUAACAGGAGGUUUGAUCUACUAAUGAAAAUGAGAGACAAGAAAAAUUAAUGCGUCAUUGCUUCAAUAUAGCAUACAAGUACCAUUAGUGGUUCCAUAUCUAUACGUUUAUUUGCUUUUUUAAUUGUUAAAUUCGUAUUAAAAAAAUGUGUUUUAUAUAUCUAUAUGUAUAAUAAUA